CUGAGCUCAGAGCGUCCCUCCCUUCUCUCGGAGCCGGAGCUCGGCUCAUCCCCUCCCGGUGCUGCCGAGGGAGGCAGGCAGGGAGGGAGGGAGGUUCUGCCUCCAUCCAUCCAUCCCUCCAUCCAUCCAUCCAUCCAUCCCACAGAGCUGCUCGGCCAGGGAAGCUCCUCGGCCCUGGCCCUAGCCCUGCAGGGACCCAGCGGUGCCCUCCAUCCAUCAGCGGUGCCCUCCAUCCAUCAGCGGUGCCCUCCAUCCAUCAGCAGUGCCCUCCAUCCUCCAGCACAGCCACGCUGCUCUGGUGGCACCCCAGGUCGGGAGGAAGAGCCAUCCGUGCCUCGGAGACCAAGAGCAGAGGAGCAAAGUGCACUCGGCUGGAAGGGCACUGUCCCGGCUCCAGGGACAGCACAGCAGAGCCUUCUGCACAGAUCCCACCGCCCGGGAGGAGGAGAUGUCCCCGGGGACAUCAGCAGCAAGCUCGUGGUCUGAAGCAGGGACUCUGGUGCCUGGUCCCAGCCCUGCUGCCUGCUCCGAAAGAAAUCUGACUUUUUGAUGGUUCCUAAUGAGAAACUCAGAACUCCACACUCCUUAAGCCCUGAAUUAGGAGAGAAGAGAUCUCCCAGACGUUUGGCAAAGCAGAAAACAACCUUCCCCAGCUCACCCAAGGAUAAACCACCUGCUGUGGGAGAGAGAAGCUGGCAGAAAGCUGAUUGCUCAGUCUGUCUGGAAAAACAACACUUGCAAGGACCAAAGCUGUGCCAACCAUCGCAGCUCAGCUUGAGAGAAGGACCAAAGCUUUUCACCAUCCAAAGGAGGUGACCUACCAAAAGGAGGCCCAAAGUAUUUUUAGGAUGAAAUAAAAGCCAGAAGGAAGUGUAAAGCACAAGUGUGAUGCUCGUUGUCAUUAUGACAGCAAUGUGCAAAAUGGUCUGCACAGGCUUGUCCCUCGCAGUUUGCUCAGUUGUGUGAGCAGCAGCCUUGACACCGAGAGGAUGGAGCAGCUCUUGCUGAAGCCAUCAUGCCAUCUAUGCUGACUUCCUCUCCUGACCUCCUUUGUGAGUCUGGUGAGGAGAGACAGGAGAUCUGAAGGUAAAUACAGAAAAUGGACCAAAGCUGACAGAGAGCAAUGACUGAGAUUUAUUUCAAGUUCCGCGGAAACCUGACUGGCCGUGUCCACCUUCCAACUCUGGCUACUGAAGUAGACACAACAGCAGACAAAUAUUCCGGCCUCUAUGUGUAUGUGGGGCUGUUCCUAACCCUGCUGGCUCUCCUCCUGAUCCUGCUCUUCUCCAUGCUCCUGCGCCUGAAGCACGUUGUGUCUCCCAUCACCUCCCCAGAGAGCACGGAGAACGCGCAGCAGUUCACAGACGUGGAAAUGCACAGCAGGAUCCCCACCACGUAGGGAGCCCACAGCAAAGAGGGCUCCGUGCUUGGCAAAGGUGUUUUGUUCAGCAAAGGUGGUGGAAAGAAGCUCUGGCUGCCUGUUGAGCCCCAAGACUUCUUGCAGAAGCCUCAGCAGCAUCUGGAGAGUGUUGCUGGCUGUUGGCACCACGGGCAGCAUCAGCAGCCUCCAUGAAAUGGACAUCACAGGAACCUGCUGCUGCCAGGGAUGGCUCACACCCCUCUAAAAACUUUGCAAAAAAUGGGAAAAGCCACAUUAAUGACAGCCAAAACCCCAGAGAAACAUAGCAGAAUGUGUCCUGGAGCCUGUGUUUGCUGACCUCUCGCUCUGAAUCAACAAAGUUGAAGUGGUGUAAGUGGGAAGAGCCCAGGGGGCACACACAGAAAUUGUGGGUGGGUUGAAAAUUCUCAGGCAUUUCUCCCAUUCAAGAAGGAAAAAUUAAAUCGUUCUCUUUCACCUGAAUGGCAAUUAAACAAUGGAGCUUCACAAAUAUAGAAAUGUUUCAUCACCUUCUGGAACUAUGUCUUUCUGACAUUAGAAACCAUUUGGUGAAUAGUUGCACACCAGAUAUCAAAAAGAGACAGAUCUUUAAAGAGGAAAGAUAAUAAAGCCAAAAUUUAAUCAAGGUUUAAAAUAAAAAGAAGCAGCGGCAGCAGAAAAUUAGAUUAAAAAACUUAUAAGACACUCUACCUCUUCCUUAGUCCUCCUUUAUAUUAACUGAGCUCAAUACAAACAUUUUAUGCUCCCAUGCUUUUAGGCUCCCCAGUAUCACUCAGUAAUUAAAAUGCAGUGUAAAUUUUGGGAGCCCAGUUGACAUUGCUCUCCUAACAGACUCCAGUUCAUGAUAACAUUUUGUCUCAUAUCCAUAUUGGGUUUUCUUCCUCAAAAGACACGCGAGUUCUUCCAAAGAUUUCUCAUUUGUUUUCCUCCAAAGAAAGCUGAGGAAAUGCCCAGGCCUGGCACUGCAGUAAGGAAUAGUGGGAACAGCUUUGGACACAGACUAAUAGGGAACAUGCAGAUGGAAAAUAAACUCACUGAGCACUGAAAGAUAGGAAUGGAUUCAAAUGUCCUGAUGGAAUCUCUUGGGGGAAAGAAAUGUUUAUUUGAAUUUAUGGAACAACAAUCUGACCCAGUCCUAUGAGUGACGUACAGAGGUAGCCUUUCCUUCUGUGGAUGGAAAAGUUGGAACCAAAUAUGGCAAAGCACUCCUGGGAGAGCCACUGCCUCUCACAGAAAAACUUUCAGUCAAUUGUUUCAGCCACAUCUCUAAAGGGCAGGUAUUUUACACAGCUUAUCCACUUUAUUACAGUCUAACUCUA